UCGAUCUCUUUUUAACGUGAAAAAAGCUUUCCAGCUUUAGGCCAAAUUCAGGCCCGAAAGUGGGGGCAAAAAGGAAGGUUUCCUUGCAAUGAUGUUGGCAGCUGCUCGGACACACUGAAAGUUCCUCGGGCACACCAUGCCCUUUGAUUGAGAUGGCCACAAUGAAACUUCCCAAGUUGCUCACUGUUCAUCCCCUAAAAGCAAAGGAAAUGUCUUUGCUUUCCUGAGAUUUCUUUAGUUGCUUGAAGUGUGAUUUGCUGGAGUGAUCGAAUUGUUUUGCUCCGUUGCUGCGAAUUUUUUUUCUCUCGGAAGAAGCUGUGCUGGAUGAGCUGUUCUGGGUAUGCUCAAAGGAGCUCAAUUUCUGGCGUCUACGGAAGAAAAAAGUCUCCUUUUCUAAUACCCAGUUGGUGAUUCUCGUGUCCGGGUUUGAUCGUCCGAAUUUUCAGUUAGGUUCGGUUCAUAAGGUUCCCACGAACGGCAUCGUUUGCUGCACCGAACGUUCCACGCCUACGAGUGAUUGACCGGUUGGUCGGCUCGUUCGUUUGGUCAACCAUGGUCAAUUGCUCUUGCAUACGAACAAAGAGUUUCCAGAGUGCUUCUGCUUUUCGUGGAGUCUGACGUCCGACGAAGUUGUGCCUUUUAAGUUUCGGGAAUUCCCGAAUCCUUCUUUUUUUCCUUUUUCUUCUUUAGCGCUGUAGGAACUGCUGUGAAGAAGCUGAAGCGGCAAGUUUCGACGCUUGCUUUGGGUUAUGGUGUCGACUGGGUCUCUGUGCUCAUUUGGGUUGAUUUGAAGAUUCGCGUUGUGAACUCUUUUCCGAUUAUAUCCCAAUCGCGGGUCUUGUUUCUUUUCUUUUCCUGCUUUUAUCGGUUCGCAUUGCGGGAUUUCGAAGUUGGACUGUCUCAGAAAUAGCUGGAGUUUUUGGUGCACUCGGAAUUUUAUCUGAUUUGUGAUAUGGGGAGUAAUGGGGUGGAUCACUCGCUUGAAGAAUCGGAGGAGGGAAUUACUGGUAGCGGCAAGGAAGUGAUCACGGAUUUGCUGCAAUUAGAUGGUAGCGAUGAGUCUGGGGCAUUGCAAGAUACUGGCUCUUCUAUGGAGCAAGAAGACAGGAAGAAUGGUUCUGAGAGGUCAUCAUCAGUUUUGGAGAUUUCGCAAUCAGGAGAAUCCAAAGCUGAUUCUUCAGCUCGAAUCAGUUUGGAUCAUAGCACCAGUGCUCCUAUAAAACCUCGCAGAAAUAUUCAAUAUGAUAGCCAGGAUAUUAAAUUUUACAGAUCCAUGACAGAGAGAAAGGAAACUUCGAGGCACAAUUUGUUUGACAGGCUGUCAGAACGUGAAAAGAAGAAGCUCAUUAUAGAGCUAGUCAAAAUUCAAAAUGAUGGCACAGUGGAAGUUGAUUUAACCAAGAGUGAUGGUAUGGCUUCAGAAUUGCUGGAGCUUCAGUCUGUUGAAUCAACACCUUUCAAAGUCGAAGAUUCUAUUGUGGACUCAAACAAACCGAUUCCAAGGUUGAAAAUUGCCAUGCUUAUUGUUGGAACAAGAGGAGAUGUGCAGCCUUUCUUGGCUAUGGCCAGGAGACUUCAGGAAUAUGGUCAUCAUGUCAGGCUGGCCACUCAUGCCAACUUCAAGAGUUUUGUGAGGUCAGCUGGCGUAGACUUCUAUCCUUUGGGUGGUGAUCCUCGAGUUUUAGCAGGAUAUAUGGCCAGAAAUAAAGGUUUCAUCCCAUCUGGGCCUGGAGAAAUAUCUAUUCAGAGAAAACAGCUGAAGACUAUAAUUGAAUCUCUUCUUCCAGCCUGCACAGAACCGGAUACAGAAACUGGAUUGCCUUUUAGAGCUCAGGCAAUUAUCGCAAAUCCUCCUGCUUAUGGACAUACACAUGUGGCGGAAGCUCUUGGUGUACCUCUUCACAUCUUCUUUACCAUGCCAUGGACGCCGACAUAUGAAUUCCCUCAUCCAUUGGCUCGUGUGCCUCAAAGUGCGGGUAACUGGCUUUCUUAUGUAAUCGUCGAACUCCUGAUAUGGUGGGGCAUAAGAAGCUAUAUUAAUGACUUCAGAAAAAGGAAGUUGAAGCUAGCUCCUAUUGCAUAUUUUAGUACAUACCGUGGAUCGAUAUCUCAUUUGCCAACAGGAUAUAUGUGGAGUCCUCAUCUUGUGCCUAAGCCGAGUGAUUGGGGACCAUUAGUUGAUGUUGUUGGCUACUGUUUCCUUAACCUCGGGUCGAAGUAUAAACCUCGGGAAGAAUUUGUUGAAUGGAUUCAAAAGGGAACAAAACCUAUAUAUAUCGGGUUUGGGAGCAUGCCUCUUGAAGAUCCCAAGAAAACUACAGAUAUCAUAAUUAAGGCAUUAACAGAUACCGGACAAAGAGGGAUAGUUGGUCGAGGUUGGGGUGAUCUUGGGACUCUUCUGGAUGUUCCAGACAGUAUUUUCCUUUUGGAGGAUUGUCCGCAUGAUUGGCUGUUUCCCCAAUGUUCAGCUGUGGUUCAUCAUGGUGGUGCUGGAACAACAGCUACAGGACUAAAAGCAGGGUGUCCUACGACCAUAGUUCCUUUUUUUGGGGAUCAGUUCUUCUGGGGCGAUAGGGUCCACCAAAGAGGCCUUGGCCCUGCACCCAUACCAAUCUCCCAGCUCAGCGUCGAGAACCUUUCAGAUGCCAUAAGAUUUAUGCUUCAACCUGAGGUAAAGUCUCAGGCAAUGGAAAUGGCGAAGCUGAUAGAAAAUGAGGAUGGGGUGGCGGCUGCUGUCGACGCGUUUCAUCGGCAUCUGCCCGAAGAGUUUCCCUCGUCGAGUGUGUCCUCGGACGGUGAGGAGCACCCCAACCCCUUCCUGUGGCUCUUCCUCCAAGUUGAGAAGUGGUGCUGCCUGCCAUGUAGUAAAUAGGGGCCUUCCUUUGGAUAAAUUGAGAGUGGGUGUAUAGAAGUGAUAGAUGUCUUCCUUAUUGUUUUCUGUCCCUCAGUUACCAUUUUUUUUUCUUUCAAAUUUGUUUCAAAUCAUUCAUUUCAUUCUUAUCAGGGUUUGGCUGACCAUUGUAUUCAGCAUAGCAUAAGAUUUAAUUUUGCCACUGCUUCUUGUGUAAAAUCACUAGGCUUCAUUUGGAACUGUUGUAUUUUGUAAUAACUAAUAGAUUCAAUGUUGAAUAGCAGAUACACAUUUGAUGAGAGCA